CGGCGGCGUCGGCGGGAGCGGGACUCGGCGGGAGCCCGCGCAGCGCACGGCGGCGGCCACCCAGGCGCGGGCCCUGGGGCGGGCGCGGCGGGACGCCUGAGGCGACACGGCCGCGGGGUCCCGCGCCCACCCGCGCGCCGCCUCCGGGGCCCCCGCUCCCGCUCCAUUGUUCGCGCCCGCGCGCGGCGGGGACGGGCCGGAGCCGGGCCCGGGCCCCGGCGGGAGCGCGGCGCCCCCGAGAGUCAGCUUCACGAGGAUUAAGCUCAAGGCGGAGUCUCCAUGGAGGUGUGGCGCCUUGUCACCGACCUCUAACUGCAGAACUGGGAUGUGGAGCCGGAAGUACCUCCUCUUCUGGGCUGUGCUGGUCACAGCCACACUCUGCACCGCCAGGCCGGCCCCGACCCUGCCGGAACAAGCCCAGCCCUGGGGAGCCCCCGUGGAAGUGGAGUCGCUCCUGGCCCACCCCGGCGACCUGCUGCAGCUGCGCUGUCGGCUGCGGGACGAUGUGCAGAGCAUCAACUGGCUGCGGGAUGGGGUGCAGCUGGCCGAGAGCAACCGCACCCACAUCACGGGGGAGGAGGUGGAGGUGCGGGAUGCCGCGCCCGCCGACUCGGGCCUCUACGCGUGCGUGACCAGCAGCCCCUCGGGCAGCGACACCACCUACAUCUCCGUCAAUGUCUCAGAUGCCCUCCCCUCCUCCGAGGACGAUGAUGAUGACGAUGACUCCUCUUCCGAGGAGAAAGAGACAGAUAACACCAAACCAAACCGUAUGCCCGUGGCUCCAUACUGGACGUCCCCAGAAAAGAUGGAAAAGAAGCUGCACGCGGUGCCAGCUGCCAAGACCGUGAAGUUCAAGUGCCCGUCCAAUGGGACUCCCAACCCCACUCUGCGCUGGCUGAAAAAUGGCAAAGAAUUCAAACCUGACCACCGGAUUGGUGGUUACAAGGUCCGAUACGCCACCUGGAGCAUCAUCAUGGAUUCCGUGGUGCCCUCGGAUAAGGGCAACUACACCUGCAUCGUGGAGAACGAAUACGGCAGCAUCAACCACACCUACCAGCUCGACGUUGUGGAGCGGUCCCCGCACCGGCCCAUCCUGCAGGCAGGCCUGCCUGCCAAUAAGACAGUGGCCCUGGGCAGCAACGUGGAGUUCAUGUGUAAGGUUUACAGCGACCCGCAGCCCCACAUCCAGUGGCUGAAGCACAUCGAGGUGAAUGGGAGUAAGAUUGGCCCGGACAACCUGCCGUAUGUCCAGAUCCUGAAGACUGCCGGAGUUAAUACCACCGACAAGGAGAUGGAGGUGCUUCACUUAAGGAAUGUCUCCUUUGAGGACGCGGGGGAGUAUACGUGCUUGGCGGGUAACUCUAUCGGACUGUCCCAUCACUCUGCAUGGCUGACCGUUCUGGAAGCCCUGGAUGACAGACCGGCAGUGAUGGCCUCGCCUUUUUACCUGGAGAUCAUCAUCUACUGCACGGGCGCCUUCCUCAUCUCCUGCAUGGCGGGCUCCGCCAUCAUCUACAAGAUGAAGAGCGGCACCAAGAAGAGCGACUUCCACAGCCAGAUGGCCGUGCACAAGCUGGCCAAGAGCAUCCCUCUGCGCAGACAGGUGUCAGCGGACUCCAGUGCCUCCAUGAACUCCGGGGUCCUGCUGGUUCGGCCCUCGCGGCUGUCCUCCAGCGGAACCCCCAUGCUGGCUGGGGUCUCCGAGUAUGAGCUUCCGGAGGACCCCCGCUGGGAGCUGCCCCGAGACAGACUGGUCUUAGGCAAGCCCCUGGGAGAAGGCUGCUUCGGGCAGGUGGUGCUGGCUGAGGCCAUUGGGCUGGACAAGGACAAGCCCAACCGCGUGACCAAAGUAGCCGUGAAGAUGUUGAAAUCGGAUGCCACCGAGAAGGACCUGUCCGACCUCAUCUCGGAAAUGGAGAUGAUGAAGAUGAUUGGGAAGCACAAGAACAUCAUCAAUCUCCUGGGCGCCUGCACGCAGGACGGCCCUCUGUAUGUCAUCGUGGAAUACGCCUCCAAGGGCAACCUCCGAGAGUACCUGCAGGCCCGCAGGCCCCCAGGGCUUGAGUACUGCUACAACCCCAGCCACGACCCUGAGGAACAGCUGUCCUCCAAGGACCUGGUGUCCUGUGCCUAUCAGGUGGCCCGGGGCAUGGAGUAUCUGGCCUCCAAGAAGUGCAUCCACCGGGACCUGGCUGCCAGGAAUGUCCUCGUGACUGAGGACAACGUGAUGAAGAUCGCGGACUUCGGCCUGGCUCGGGACAUCCACCACAUCGACUACUACAAGAAGACAACCAAUGGCCGACUGCCGGUGAAGUGGAUGGCACCCGAGGCCCUGUUUGACCGAAUCUACACCCACCAGAGCGACGUGUGGUCGUUCGGGGUGCUCCUGUGGGAGAUCUUCACUCUGGGCGGCUCUCCUUACCCUGGCGUGCCUGUGGAGGAGCUGUUCAAGCUGCUGAAGGAGGGUCAUCGGAUGGACAAGCCCAGUAACUGCACGAAUGAGCUGUACAUGAUGAUGCGGGACUGCUGGCACGCAGUGCCCUCGCAGAGACCCACCUUCAAGCAGCUGGUGGAGGACCUGGACCGCAUCGUGGCCUUGACGUCCAACCAGGAGUAUCUGGACCUGUCAGUGCCCCUGGACCAGUACUCCCCCGGCUUCCCCGACACCCGCAGCUCCACCUGCUCCUCGGGGGAGGACUCCGUCUUCUCGCAUGAGCCGCUGCCCGAGGAGCCCUGCCUGCCCCGGCACCCCGCCCAGCUUGCCAACGGCGGACUCAAACGACGCUGAGCCGUGCCCCAUCCCCAUCAUCCGGACCCUCAGCCGCCUCCCGGCCCGUGGCCCGCCUUCACCCCGCCCCAGCCCCCUCCCCUGAGAUACGCAGAGGCCGGCCCUGGCCGGCGGCCACCUCCAUCCCUGCCAGAUGUUGGACCAAGACGCCCCAGCCUCGCCCCCUGGCACUGCCCGCAGAGCCUGUGGGUGAGCUCUGCCCGCUUGGCCCCGGUCAGAAGCCCCUGGGGCUUGGUCACGGCAGUGGGGGCCGGGGAGGCGACCUCUGCCCCAGACUAACGGUGCCGUGGGCUUCUUCAUUCUGAUACUAAUUUGCUUUGCUGACCAAAUGGCCGGUAGCGGAGGGUAGGGCAGCAAAGAGCAGGAGUAGCCUGGCGGCCCCGGGGCCCAGCCCGGACUGGGGGCUUUGUAUAUAGCUAUGAAGAAAACACAAAGUGUAUAAAUCUGAGUAUAUAUUUACAUGUCUUUCUAAAAGGGUCGUUACCAGAAAUUUACCCACUGGGUAAGAUGCUCCUGGUGGCUGGGAGGAGGCAUCAGUUGCUAUAUAUUAAAAAAAAAAACAAAGAAAAAAAAGCAAAAAAAAAAAAAGGAAAAUGUUUUUAAAAAGGUCAUAUAUUUUUUGCUACUUUUGCUGUUUUAUUUUUUUAAAUUAUGUUCUAAACCUAUUUUCAUUUUAGGUCCCUCAAUAAAAAUUGCUGCUGCUUCAUUUUUA